AUGAUCUCUCCAUGUGAAUCAGAAACGUAUGUACUUGUGAACCAACCGGGGAUUCUCAAGGCUGAUUUCAAGAAUAGGAAAAAAUCAAUGGGACUACUACACAAGUAUGUGGAGACAAGUUCAACAGCUUUAGGUUUUGAAAAUGUGGAGAUCUCUGAACACGACGAUCUUUUCGAAGACAUAAUUGAUUAUGCUAUGCAGAAAUGUGAUAUUAAUGAUAGAAUCGACCUAGCAGGGGAUCCGGAAAAUCGAUAUGAUCCGUAUGUGGAAGCACAUAAAAGAAUAAUACGUGUCGACUUUCCUCCUUUGCCUCGUACAGAUUAUAUUUUUGAUGGGAACCUAUCGAGAAGAGAGGUUCUUAAGGCGAACGACGAGUAUUUGAGAUACAUUGUUGGGACCUUACCAUCACCACAACAUACAGUAAUUUACACUUCUUUAGAAGCCAGUGAUCCUAUUGAAAAUGAAGAGGAUGAAGGUACAUUAACUAUCUGGCCUGAGAUCUUUGAGAAUGCUUGGCACCAAUUGGAAAUUGAUAGAAACGACAGAGUGAGCAAAGAAUUACCCACAUUUGUCCCAUACAGACCAAUGAUUGAUACAUCAGAAGAUCUCAAGUUGAGUGUACUAGACAAGGAUUUCAUCCAGAAAAAUUACGGAACCCUUGUAUCAAUAGCUGCCGUGUCAGCAGUUUUUUUGUUAUACCAGAUAGGUCUUGUCCUCUUUAAGUCACCUGCUAUUAGCCAGAAACCUAAAAAGGUAGACAAGAAGGUAACUACGGAGAAAAAAACUCAGUGA